AGGGUAGUGUGACCUUUGAGGAUGUGGCCGUGUACUUCUCCUGGGAGGAAUGGUGUCUUCUUGAUGAGGUUCAGAUACACCUGUACCUUGAUGUCAUGCUGGAGAACUUUGCACUUGUAUGCAUGCUGGUUGCAGCAGGUGGUAUCUUCAUUGUUGCAAGGGGGUUCUUUCCUUGAGGCGUGCCGUCUUCUCUCUAAUUGUGGUGUGUACAGACUCCAGAGCUCUCUGGCUUACUUGCCCUUCACUGUGGGAGCUAGUUCCCAGACCAGGAAUUCAACCCAUGUCCCCUGCAUUACAAGACGGAUUCUGAACUACUGGACCACCAGGGGAGUCCCCAUUACUUUUUUGCUAAAUUGUUUGUUUAUGUGUUGAGAUUAUUAUGGCAAGGCCAGAGUACAUCCCAACACUGGUAGCUCCAAAGUUGCUGCUAAGGAUUCAAGGUUUUUGGUGUGGAACCCGGGAUGGAGAGACACCUGAACAGAGCGAAUCUGCAGAAGGAGUGUCACAGAUUAGCACUCCCAGGGCAGGUUCAUCUCCUGAGAAUGUCCAGCCCUGUAAGAUAUGUACCCCAGUUUUGAGAGACAUUUCACAUUUGACUGAAGAGCAAAGAAAUAUUAAUAAUAGUGGACAGAAAGCAUACACAUGUGAGGCAUGCGGGAAACAAUUCUUUUUCACUGCAAACAUUCAACAGCACCAGAUACAGCACAUUGGACAGAAAUCCUUCCAGUUUAGUAUGGGGAGCCCCACAUUUUUGAAGAGCUGCAUGAUACAUGCAAGAGAAAAUCUCUCCCCCAACAUGGAGAUAGCAAACAACUUUGUGGCCAACACGGAACUUCAGCAACAGGACACUAGCACCAGGGAGAAACAAAACAACAGUAAGGAGUGUGAAGCUGUUUUUCACAGUGGAAAAAGUCAUCACAGCUGGAAAGAAGGCAAGAUAGCUUCCAGCCACACAGACAUACUUGUUGAGGAUGAGGGAGUCCUCGCUAGUGAAGGGUUUUGUGAGUUCAGCAAACAUAGGAAAGCCAGCACCCAAAAAAUUAACCAUAUUCAACACCAGAAAGUUCACACUGAGGAAAGGCCUUAUGAAUGCAGCCAAUGUGGAAAAUUUUUUAGCCACAGAUUCCGUUUCCUUGCCCAUCAGAGAGUUCGCUGUGUAGCAAGGCUUUAUGACUGCAGUGAAUGUGGGAAAUCCUUUAGCCUAAGGAAGAACCUCACUGCCCAUAGGAAAAUCCACAGUGGCGAAAACUCUUAUGAAUGCAAGCAAUGUAAUAAAUCUUUCACCCAAAAGUUCAACUUAAUUGAACAUCAGAGAGUUCACACUGGAGAAAAACCUUAUCAAUGCAGCCAAUGUGGAAAAUUUUUUGCCCAUAAAUCCAGUUGCCUUGCACAUCAAAGAGUUCACACUGGAGAAAGGCCUUAUGAGUGCAGUGAAUGUGGGAAAUCUCUUACUAAUAGGUCAUCCCUCUCUUAUCAUCUGAGACUUCACACUGGAGAAAAGCCUUAUGAGUGCAAUGAAUGUGGGAAAUGUUUUACUACUAGAUCUAUGCUUUGUAAUCAUCAGAGAGUACACAGUGGAGAAAGACCUUUUGAGUGCAGCGAAUGUGGGAAAUUCUUUAGUCGAAAUGAGCAACUCAGUGACCAUAAGAAUGUUCACACUGGAGAAAAGCCUUAUGAGUGCAAUAAAUGUGAGAAAUCUUUUACUAGUAGCUCCAGUCUUCGACAUCAUCGGAGAGUUCACACUGGAGAAAGACCUUAUGAGUGCAAUAAAUGUUGGAAAUCUUUUACUGGUAGCUCCAGCCUUCGUUAUCAUCGGAGAGUUCACACUGGAGAAAGGCCUUACAAGUGCAGUGAAUGUGGGAGAUCUUUUGCUGCUAGGACUGGGCUCCGGUAUCAUGAGAGAGUUCACAGUGGAGAAAGGCCUUAUGAAUGCAGUGAAUGUGGGAAAUCUUUUACUGGUAGCUCCAGCCUUCGUCAUCAUGAGAGAGUUCACAGUGGAGAAAGGCCUUAUGAGUGCUGUCAGUGUGGGAAAUUAUUUUCUGGUAUUUCCAGCCUUCAUUAUCAUUGGAGAGUUCACACUGGAGAAAGACCUUAUGAGUGCAGUGAAUGUGGGAAAUCUUUUAUUGAUAAGUCAAGCCUUCGUCGUCAUCAGAGAGUUCACACUGGAGAAAGACCUCUUUGAGUGCAGUGAAUUUGGGGAAUCAUUUACUCAAAUACAGCUUCUCCAUAUCCAUAGGAAAAUUCACAUUGCAGAAAAACUUUAUGAGAGCUAAGAUUGUGAUAAGUCUUAUCCAAAGGUGCCACUUGAGAAAAUAUCAGAGUUCACAUGGGAGAAAGGGCCUUAUGAAUAUAGCAAAUGUGGACAGCAGUGAUGUUGGAGUUGUUUGAGGUGGUAAUGGUGGGAAAAAAUAAUGUAGUUACUGUGCAUCAAAUGGAUCCUCUCUUUUGUGGAAACUGAGACAAAGAAUGUGUCAUUUGCUUGUGAUCUCCCAGCAAUGAACAGGGAUCUGGGAUUCAGUGUCAGGUUGCCUGGUUCAGGGUUUGAAGAGUCUGAUCACUUCACUCCUCACCCCCUGCCCCGCUCCACCCUCAGGUUUGGGGACUAAAGAACACCUUGAUUAUCCUGAUAUUUCUUCCCUCCUUAAUCCUCCUGCCCUGAGUCCUGCUCAUUCCUCAGCCCCAUACUGAUGGACAGGAGUAUCUUUUUCUCUGGCAUCCAACAUUGAUGCCUUUCACAUGAAUGACACUUAUUUACCCAACAAAACUAAUGCUGGGAUUCUAUUAUUAUUAUUUGCCAUUUGUGAAAGAAGGGGUGUCCAGCUUAGAGAGGCAGAGAAACUUCCACAAGAGCUCACUACUGCCAGACCUUUCAUGAGAGCAGUUCCUCUACACUGCACAUGUGAACUGGCAUCUCUUCUGGCUCUCAGAGCAGGGCCUCCAUUUGCUGUGAACUACUCACAUGAACUACCCACACCUGACAUUUUUAUUUCCACCAGGGCCCCCUAGUGCACAUCUCCUUCCUAUAAACACUCCUGUUUGGGAAGUUCUUUACUGGGACAGCAGCACUAAAGCAGGCACUCCAGACUGGGUCGUUGGUGUCACCGCAGACUUGGCACUGGCUUCACCACCAUACACAGUGAUUGGUUUCAGAUACCCUGUUCAUCUUUUCAUACACUCACAUCAGGUGUCCGUGUUUCCCUGUUAUGCAGUUGACCCACUUACUGUUCUGGGAAUUGUGAGGGACUCUGAGAUGCUAAUUGUGGCCCUCACAUGGCCUGGUGCACAAGGCUCUUCCUAACCCCUUCACCCCUUGCCUCACUGCUUUCUUCCACCACUCCCUGAAAAAUGUAAGUCACCAGCUAAUGAUUGUUAAUUAACAAGAACUUACCCACCUCUCUUUGGGACCUACACUUGAGCAACCUAGCUUAAAAACUAAGACUGAAAAAAAAAAAAAAAGACUGAAUGCAUGCAGACACUUCCAAGGAAGACUGUAAAACCCACUGUGAAAUCAUUUUAAUUGCAUUUCUCUCAGGAUUCUUGAUUUGAGUUUUGUUUCUUUUUCAUGUGUCUAUUUUUUUUUUAACUUGUGUAUCUUGUUUGGAUGAAUUUCUAUUUGUAUAUUUUGUCUUCCUUUAUUUUGUUAGAUUUGGGUAUUUUUUUUUUCUUGACAGGUAGAUCAGCCAAACAUCAAAGGCAUCUGUGAGAUUUCACCCAUUCACCAAUGGUGACCAAAGUCAGUGACUUCUUUUCUCAAUGUAAUUGUAAUCUGGAAUACUGAAAGAAUAUGUUCUCAAUUUUUUCUCAAUUUUAUACUUUGCAUAGUGCAAUGGCCAUAUACAUUAUACACGUUUAGGAUAAAUCUGAAUUAUUAACAUAUACUACCUCAGUCUUAAGUCCAGACUUUCAGUUACAUAGUAGAUUAGUCUCUGGUUUGUAGUGCCUGCCAAUUUCUGUGGUGUAAAUAUUCCCACCAUAGCCAAAAUCAAGUUGCCAACAUAAUGUCCCUGGAGCUGGGAAACAUUGUCAAUAGCCCACCAAUGUCUUCUUUAUGUACCAUUACAGGUAUAGUAGCCACAAACAAUUUUAAGAAUGUAGUUCAUAAACCAUAGCAGAAUGAUUAUAAAAAGAAAAGUUUUGUAUAUUUGAUUUAAGAAUGGUGUCAUGGAUGUGGAGUUGACUUAGAAUAAAUUGCAUGUAUUUAAAGUGUACAACAUUUUUUGUAUUUGUGUAAUGUAUAAUUCUAGAUAUGUCGUUAAAUAACUUCUCAGAAUACAUCUUUCAUUAAAAAAUUUUUUUGGCUGUA